AUGCUUCCACCAGACUUCAAACGGAGGAACCCGCUCAGGGUGCGACCUUUCCAAGAUUUCGAUGACGCCGCCGGACCGCCCUCCAAUGCCCGAAACAGGCUCGUGAACAUGGUCCAUGAGACUGGAGGGUUGAACCCAACGUGGAGGAGAAAGAACAUUGAGGCAUAUAUCGCCCCCAAAGAAGAUGACGAACAGAAGCCUUCGAAGAGGAAGCGCAAGAACAAGAACAAGAAGACGAAAGAGGCAAAGGACGUGAGUCCCGCACUUCUGAAAAGUCAGUAUGACUUGCUGUGGAGUCUGAUACAGGAAGGGCUUCGGGUUGGAUCAGAUGAUCACACAACGGAGUCGGGGAUGGGUUUUGCAACACCAUCGGAGCUUACCAAUGCGAAAGAGCCCAUCGUUCUCGACCCACAUCAACGCCAUGCUAUCCAUAGGGCCCUCCAGAGAUUGCAGGCAUGCCAUCAUGGAACCAUUGUGGCAUACGGCAUGGGUAUUGGCAAGACGCUGGUAGCCGUAGGAUUGUACGCCGUCUUGAAGCAAGACUUUGCCAUGCAUGGGCGUGAUUGGUCCUUGAUUGACAAGACAACUUUGGACGAAGGGCAUGAUUCGCAUGAGUUUGACCGCAAAGUGAGCAUACAAGGAGGGUUUCUGAUCGUUGUCCAAGUCGAUCUCAUUCCCUUAUGGGAGAAGGAGCUCCAGGUGCACUUGGAAAACCCUCCAAGUGUCAUUGUUUACCAUGGACACCAGUCGUGGCACCACUCCACUGCGCAUACUGCAUACGAGCUUGCCGCAGUCGAUGUGGUAAUAACAUCCUAUGAGACAUUACGGUCAGACUACGAAGAUGCCAUGGCCGCUGCAGCGUCGCACGAAUACUUCUUCAAGACACCGGUUCUCGCACAUUCCCCCACCAUGGUCGUAUACUGGAGGGGCCAAAUCUUGGACGAGGCGCAUAAGAUCGCAAACGACAAGACUGGUGUCAACAAGGCUGUAAAUCGCGUUCGAGCGUUGAUGCGUCUGCCACUUACGGGUACGCCAUUCCUCAACGACUACACAGAUAUCCAGUCCCAGCUGUCGCUGAUCAAGCUCGCGCCCUGCGACGAUCCGAACUUUUUCGCUUCUCUUUUCCUGUUACAUUCUGCGGCCAACCCAUUCGUAUAA